GAAAACAAAUGAAUUCACAUUUGCAUGAUUGCAAUAAUAAAUCAAAAACCAAAUACAAAUAAAAUAACGCUAACGCCAAGGGCAGCAGAGCCAUCGAAGUGAAAAUAAAAACAUGAAAACACAGAAAUAGAAAUAAAAAGUGAUUGUGUAGUUAGUGUUAAUAUUGAAAAAUAUUUAAAUUCAAUAUCAUGACGGAUAUUGUAUAUCCACCGCAAUGUAGGCCACUUACAGAGGAUCUAGGCACGGAUGAACUUAUCAGACGUCUAAAGACGUUGGCCAAUGCCUUGCAAGCGAUGGGGCAGGACGACGGUUUAUAUCAACAAUAUAUUCCACUGGCCUUACAUUUGGCGGAUGAGUGUUUUCUACAACACCCUUCAAAAGAUGUACAAUUACUUAUAGCCUGCUGCGUAGCCGACGUGCUACGUGUAUAUGCGCCUGAGGCUCCAUAUAAGGAGCAAGAUCAAAUCAAAGCAAUUUUCUUAUUCUUCAUUAAACAACUCUAUGGUCUAAGAGAUCCUAAGGAUCCUUCAUUUAAACGUUAUUUCUAUUUAUUGGAAAAUUUGGCCUAUGUCAAAUCUUUUAACAUGUGUUUUGAAAUUGAAGAACUGAAAUCACAAGAGAUAUUCUGCCAGCUGUUCAGUAUGAUGUUUAAAAUAAUUAACGAGGAUCACAGUGUUAAAGUGAAAAACUUUAUGAUUGAUAUCCUCAGCCCCCUGAUAACGGAAGCUGAUAAUUUUACUACAGACUUGUUAGAUCUUUUAUUAAUUAAUAUUGUGGAGCCAAGGAAGACGCAAAAUAAAAAUGCAUACCAAUUGGCACAACAGCUUAUUGUUAAAACAGAGGAUUCUCUUGAGCCUGUUCUUUCAAUGUUCUUCAGUCAGAUUUUGGUUAUUGAUCGUUUGGAGACUAAAUACGAAAUUUGUGAAAAAAUCUACGAUUUAAUCUAUGAAUUAAAUGUUAUAGCGCCGUCUAUUUUGCGCGGAGUGCUCCCGCAGUUGGAAUGUAAAUUGAAAUCAACCAAUGAAGAUGAACGUCUAGCGGUGGUCUCCUUGUUAUCACGCAUGUUCUCUGAAAAAAAUUCGGAUCUUUCUACAAAAUAUCCUACUUUGCUUCGAAUGCUAUUGGGACGCUUUUGUGACAUUGCCGUAGCUAUACGUGUCAAAUGCGUUCAAUCUUCAAUGCAUUAUCUUAUUAAUCAGCCUCAUUUGCGUCCUGAUAUAAGUGAAUGUUUACGUGCCCGCCAACAUGAUUCCGAUGAGAAUGUACGAUAUGAGGUAGUUAUGGCUAUUGUUGAGACUGCUAAGCGUGAAUUUAAUAUAGUCUGCGAAUCGGAAGAUUUGCUGUUUAUAGUACGGGAACGUACUUUGGAUAAAAAAUUUAAAAUACGCAAAGAAGCCAUUAGCGGUUUGGCAUUCAUUUACCGCCAGGCGUUAUGCGAAGCAAACGAUUUGUCAGAGGAAGUAAAAUUGUCGAUCGGGUGGAUUAAGAAUAAAGUAAUGCAUGGUUAUUACAUGCCCACUCUAGAAGAUCGUUUAACUGUUGAGCGUCUUUUAAUAACCUGUUUAAUACCCUACAAGCUGGGUCCGGAAGAACGUAUGAAGAAAUUAUAUCAUUUAUUGGGCACAUUUGAUGAUAACGCCUCUAAGGCUUUUAUCGAAUUGCAAAAAAAUCAAAUGAAAACACGAAAAACUGUGAGCGACUGGGUUAAGUUGCACCAUUCAAAAGAAAUCACUCCAAAAAUCCAAAAUCAACUUAACAUUAAGCAGUCAAUCAUUUGCAAGCUAUUGCCAGAUCCUUUGAAAGCGGCUGAGUUUCUUACCAAAUUUAGUACGAAUUUGCGAAAAGACCCAGUUCUGCUUCGCUAUAUGGAAAUAAUAUUGAAACGUGAUGUGUCUUGCAAAGAGUGUGCUGAUACGAUGUCCUUGCUAAUCAAAAAACUCGGUACACCUUUUAUGACAAAUCUUUAUUACCAAACUGUAAAAAUGCUGGUUGAACGUGUAGCCUCCGUAAUGGUAGAUAAAGAAUCUAUCAGCACAUUAGUAGGACUAAUUGAUGAUUGCAUGCAGGGAGGUGAUUUCGUAAAAGAGGUGGGUAUACCGGAGAAUGAAGCUGGUAUACGUGGUCUCAAAAUGCUAAGUUGUUUAUCUUAUAUAUUUUCCGCUCAUUUCUUUACGGAUAAAACCCUGCGGCAUAUGAUCGCCCUGCUAAGUUAUGAACACGAAUACGUAGCACCUCUUAUAUUAAAAUCUUUCACACAUUUAGGCCGAUAUAAGCCUUUAUCAGAGGUAAAUCCAGAUAUUAUGACGGACUUAGCACCCAUCUGCAAAGAUUUUGCUCUAAAUGGAACUAUAAAACAAGCCAAACAUGCAGUACGUUGCGUGUACGUAAACACGCAGUCCCUAAACGGUCAAGAAGGAGUGCUGGUUACUGCCACCACGCCAACAAUACAUCCUAUUUUCCAUGAGAUCGUGGAAUCUUUACGCAGUUCCCUCACGCCAAACUGUGAAAAUCAGCGCACCAAAAUUGUUACACUAGGUCAUAUUGCCUAUCAUAUGCCACAAGCAUUUACCAUACCUAUUAAAAAUAUGAUUGCUCGACGUAUAGUCAAAGAAUUACUGAUACAAGGUGUACCAGAAGUACGUGAUUGCAAAUUGCCUGAAGGUGAAUGGUGUGAACAAGAUGAAUUACCGUCUGAUACUCUUUGCAAAUUGGAUGCUCUCAAGACCAUGGCCCGUUGGUUAUUGGGCUUGCGUACGGAUGAACAUGCCGCGCAGAAAACAUUCCGCAUGCUGUCCGCCUUUAUUAACCAACGUGGUGAUUUGUUAGAACAAAAUCGUUUAUCUCCAGCGGAAAAGUCGUGGUUACGAUUGGGGGCGGCGUGUGCUAUUUUGAAAAUUUGCGAGCAAAAGGGCGUAGGGGAUCAGUACACUGCCGAGCAGUAUUUCAAUUUAUCACAAUUAAUGUGCGAUCCGGUGCCCAAAGUGCGAGAAAUGUUUGCUCGCAAACUGCAUAAAGGAUUGGGGAAGGGAUUGCCUAAUAAAUGUUUGCCUUUAGAUUUCAUGGGCUACUACGUUCUGGGAGGUUAUGAAACCGAUAAAAAAUUAACCGAUCAAAUACGUCAAUUCAUUGAGGCAGAUGUAAAUAGAAGGCGUGAAUACCUCAAAACUUUAGCGAUGACAAGUCCCGAAAGUUCAGCAGAUCCCCAGACGCUGCAUAUAUUACCUGACUUUAUGUUAGCCUUUGCUAUACCGGUUUUGGUUCAUCAUCCCUCCUUCACCAAUUAUCAAGAUCGCGCACAACUAAAACAGAUUGAAAAGGGUUUGCGUUUUAUACUCGAACCUCUGAUGUCGAAACCGGAUGCCUUUUCAUUCAACUUUUACAAGCAUCUCCUCGAAAUGAUGAAAGAUCAUUGCUUAAACAUCGCAGAUGACAAUGAAGGCAACACUAGCAACUUGAAGAUGUGGGCUGCUUGUGACCUCGCAAAUUAUAUCAUUUGCUCUAAAAUGGGAUCUUGCGAUUUGUUGCCUAAUAAAAGAUUUUUGGCCUCCAUUCAGUUGCCGUCAAUGUAUUUUAAACCACCACCACCAAACGCGGAAGGUUUUCCAAACACCAAAAUUUAUAUACCUUACGAUACAUAUUCUUUGAUUACCACUACAUUAACCACAACUAAGAAAAUCUCAGUUGCCUUAAAACCUACGGGAAGCGGAUGCAACGAUCAAAGAGCUGGCGAAAAGCGUCCGCCAUCCAACGACCAUUACCCAACAAUAAAUCAAAAAAUCAUGGACGAAGUAUACGAAGAUGAUAACGUGGAUGAAGAGGAGGAUGAAGACGAAGACGAUCAGAAUGCUGUGUCACCCGAGGCGAAAAGAAAACGUAUGAAUACAUUACAUGCUGGAAGAACGUAAAGGCAAUCCCUUUUGAAGAAAAUGUGGAUCCAACAGACAUUUGUAUAUUUAUUAUUAUUAAUGAUAAUAAAAAGUGUCGCAUCGCCUCAUAUCGAACCAAGGCCUUUAAAUCCCCUUUCCCCUUCCCUAAAUCCCCGCAUAGGUCCACUAUGUUUCCUACCAUUGUUGCGUUAAAAUCUUCUAAAUUCCCAUUAAGACCUUUUACUUUAAAAAUAAAUUU